UAAUUUUUACCUAUUUUUUCGUUUCUCGUAAUAAUUUCGCUGACUUUAGUGUGUUAGCCCAUGAUGAUGCAUGAAGAGCUGUAUGAUUACUUGAACAGACGGCGGUCGGUGGGUUCGCUCCGCUGGCUCCUGGAGGAACCGGACCCUCUGGCCCCUCUGCCUCUCACCCUGUUGCAGGAGUACCUGCAGAAGCUCCUGGAGAUGAAGAUGCACAUCAGUGAUCAGUUUGAUAACCUGGAAAAGCACACGCAGUGGGGAAUCGACUUUGUGGAAAAAUACACCAAAUUUGUGAAGGAAAGGACUGAGAUCGAGCUCAACUAUGCAAGACAGAUCAGGAAUCUGUCCAAGAAAUACCAGCCUAAGAAGAAAGAGGAAGACGAGAAUAAGUACACAUGGUGUCGCGCGUUUCAUUCGACGCUAAACGAGCUGAACGAUUACGCCGGACAGCAUGAGGUCAUCGGAGAGAACAUGACGUCACAGAUCAUCGCCGAACUCACGCGAUAUGCACAGGAAAUCAAAACAGAGAGGAAAGCGUGUAAGAGGAAGUUUGAGCGGGACUGUAAGGAAGCAGAUCGAGCCCAGCAGUACUUUGAGAAGUUGGACGCAGACAUCAACGUGACGAAAGCAGACGUGGAGAAGGCACGGCAGCAGGCUCAGAUGAGACACCAGAUGGCUUCUGACAGCAAGAAUGAAUAUUCCUCAUACCUGCAGAAGUUCAACCAGGAACAGAACGAACAUUAUUACACCAUCAUCCCUAAUAUUUUCCAGAAGAUCCAGGCGAUGGAGGAGAAGAGGAUCGAGCGAAUGGGUGAGUCGCUGAAGACGUUUGCAGAGGUCGACCGACAGAUUCUGCCCAUCAUCGGGAAAUGCCUGGAUGGAAUAACACAAGCGGCCGAGUCCAUCGAAUCCAAGAAUGACUCCUCUCAGGUCAUAGAGUCGUAUAAGUCUGGGUUCGAGCCUCCUGGCGAUGUGGAGUUUGAAGACUAUGGUCAGGCGAUGAAGAGGACGGUGUCUGAGACCAGCCUCACUAACUCACGCUCGGACAGCAAAGUGGACCGUUCCAGCAAGAGCAAGAGCAAAACUCUCUGGCCUUUCAUUAAGAAAAACAAGGUAACACACACCGGCGUCACAUUCACUCGCAGUUACUUGGAUUGGACUGAAAACAAAACUCAAGUAAAUAUGAACAGACGUACUAAUGCACCGGCCCGAGAGGCCUCACCUUUGACCUUUGCAGAGAAACGUAACUCUAAAGCCUUUAUUCCUGUGUUGUCCUUUCAAACCGAGAGUAACUUCCUUCUCCGGCCACCCAUCGGUGCUGUUCUCAUGCUUAUGUCCCUGUUAACGUCCCCCGUACCUCGCCAGCCCCCCCCUGACCCUCCCUCACCUUCUGCUGUGACCCCUGACCCCUGCCCCACUCCCCAGACCCCCAAACAGUCCAAGGAGCCCCUGUCCCACCGAUUCAACGACCUCAUGACCUCGAAGUCCAAAAUGCACUGCUUCAGGAGCCUCCGGCGCGGGCUCUCACUCAAUGCCCACGUGCGGAACCUUAUUGAGGGUUCAAAUCCUGAGGACUUCAGUCAUCUUCCUCCAGAGCAGAGAAGGAAGAAGCUUCAGUCGAAGAUUGACGACAUCAAUAAAGACAUACAGAAAGAGAUGGACCAGAGAGAUGCUUUGACUAAAAUGAAGGAAGUGUACAUAAAGAACCCACAGAUGGGGGAUCCCAACAGCGUGGACCCUCGGUUAGCAGAGAUCGCCCACAACAUUGAGAAACUGCAGGCGGAGGCUCAGAAAUUCGAGGGCUGGUUAGCGGAGGUCGAAGGAAGGAUGCCUGUAAAGAGUGACCCUCCACGGAGGACGAGUGCCCUGUACGAGACCCAAAACAGCACACCACCCACCACCAACAACAACUGCGCACAGGAUAGAGAGAGCAGUCCGGAUGGCAGUUAUACAGAGGAACCGAGUUCUGAGGUCCAGAGUAAAGUCCAGCCCGAAACGGCGGAGUCUGGAGAUGAAUUUGAUGAUGCAGAUGAAGAAAUACUACCCACCAUCGGCACCUGCAAAGCCCUCUACCCGUUUGAAGGUGUUAAUGAAGGCACCAUCUCAGUAACGGAGGGUGAGCUCUUGUAUGUAAUAGAGGAAGACAAAGGUGAUGGAUGGACGCGUAUUAGAAGAAACGAGGAAGAGGAGGGUUACGUCCCCUCAUCCUACGUCGAGGUCUUUCUGGACUCCAACGCCAAAGGUGCCAUAACCUACAUAUGACCCAAAGUUUUAGGUCCUGUGAUCUCAGAAGUGUGUUUGUGUAUAUGAAUACUGAAGGAGACGGCUAGGGUGUGUGUGUGUGUGUGUGUGUGUGUGUGAGAUCCUGAAUCUCUCCAAGCCAACAAUGUGACUUUUUAGACUUUUUUUCUGAAACUGAAUGACUAAAUGAUUGUAUGUGUCUUAGCACAUGAUGGUUUUAGAUAUUAGCCCACCAUAGUUUAAUAUGGCGGUAGUAUCUUGUCAUUUUGAGUAGCAAUGCAUGUUAGAACACUCCAACUAAAUGUAUAGACAAAUGCAACACACACAUAUAAGAGGAGACACAUACAAGUUUUUGUAAUGUUUUCAUAUGUAAAUGAACUUAAGGUCAAAUUAUGCUAGUGUUUUUCCCCCGAAAAAACUUUUUCGUAACCACUAGUCAAGCGCUAGUAAUAAUAACCAGUUUACAAGUCGCAUAAAAUAGUAUCAUUUCCUUUUCACAAAA